UGAUUUGUGCACUACACGACGAACCUGUUUUGAUAAAAAAAUGCAUUCGUUGUUUAUCAAUCUAUUGAUAAGAAUUUACUAAAAGAAAAAUCUCCUCUAUUUUAUUUUCUUUUUUAUAUUUUAACUUUAAAUAAUUUAAGUGUUAAGAAAAAUGUCUUCAUCCGAUGGAAUGCGUGAGCAAUCAUUUAUUGUUAGGCAAAGUACCAAUGCUUAUGAACAUCGGGAAUCUCUGGCCACCGCAAUGUCAGUAGAUUACUCAGGUCAAUGGGUUCUGCUGGCAGGAAGACGAUACCUCGCCUUACAAAGACUUGGACAAGAUGAUAGUACAUUAAGGAAAUACCAUCGAAACUCGAAGUAUGAAGUUUCGUCGGCGGAAUUCGCAAUUUGCCAACACAGGCAGGAAUAUUGUGCUAUUGCGACAAGUCAACUUAUUGAAGUAGUUACGUGGGGUUCAUCGGAACCACAGCUUAUUCACUCCCUGCGAGGUCACACACGCAUGGUCACUGAUAUCGACUGGCAUUCCAAAAAUCCAAAUUUACUUGUUAGCUGUUCGAUUGACACCUUCUCGCACAUUUGGGAUCUUCGAGAUGCUCGAAAACCACAUUUGUCAUUGAGUGCUGUUUGCAUGUCUGGAGCUACACAAGUUGGAUUUAAUAGAGUUUCUGGAAAUUUACUUGCUGCAGCACAUGAUGGUGAUUUGAGGAUCUGGGACAUUCGAAAGGGAACAUGUCCAACGCAUUACAUAACAGCGCAUUUAAAUAGAGUUCAUGGAAUAAAUUGGAGUCACAUGAGAGAAACUUGUUUAGCUACAGCCAGUCAAGAUGGGACUGUGAAAUAUUUCGAUGUGAAUAACCCGAGGCGAGCUGAAAAAAUUAUAACCACAUCUUCUCCAGUUUGGAGAGCAAGAUACACUCCUGUUGGAAAUGGAUUAGUGAGUAUAGUUGUGCCGCAUCUUGGAAGAGGUGAGAAUAGUUUGUUAUUGUGGAGUAAUAGCAAACAAACGGAUCCGGUGUGUUCAUUUGUUGGACAUACUGAUGUUAUUCUUGAUUUUGAUUGGAGACCUAAUCAUGAAGAUUCAUCUGAAAUUGAACUUGUUACAUGGUCUCGUGAUAGAACAUUGAGGGUAUGGAAAAUAGAUGAUACUUUGUUGAAAUUAUGUGAACCUGUUUCAUCUGAUAUUGAAGAAGAAGUUGAUGCAAUGGAUGCCCUGCAGAUAGCACGAUCUCCAGUAAAAAGUGAAUCUAUAGCUAGAUCGCUAACAGAUCAGCCAACAUGUUCCCUGCACCAUGAGUUUUCUUUAUUCAACACAAACAUACCACAUGUUGAAGUAGAAGUUCUCGAUGCAAUUAAGCGUCAUGCAAUCUUUAAAAUUUCAGCUGCAGGAUACGUUGUAGUUUUAAGGGUAAAUUUCCCAGUGGAAUACCCAAGUCCUAAUAUGGGACCUGAAUUUUUGUUUUGCCAAGGUACAACACUUACCGAACAUCUCUCUAUGUAUUUGCUGAAAGUACUCAAAACAAAUGCCCUCCAGAGAGUCAAGAAGUCGAGAACCUGCCUCGAGCAGUGUGUUCGUGCCUUAGUUGCUGCUUUGAAAAAGUCCAUUGGUGGAAAUGAUAAAUUACAAAUGCGUCUGCAGUCGCCACGUCUAGAGGGUGCUCUUAGUGGGGCAAUUCAUGAUGCAUGCAUUCCCUUUCCUCGUACAUCCGGGGCGAAAUUCACAGCCACCGGUUUGUUGGUCACAUUCUCACAAACAUUCAACACUAAAAGACUAACGCUUCGCAAUCAAAAUGUCACUCCACGCACACUCUCCGCCAUCAGUGGUGGUUGCCUUCUGGGCAAUGUUAUGGGUCCUCAGCCAGUUUUCUAUUCACAUCGUGAUAGCAAUGCGUCUUUCUAUCUGCAGGAACGUCUCGCCAAAUCAUCCAAAAACCGUAGCCUCCAAAAAUCAACAACAAACGGUGUGGUGCACAUCUAUGAUGCGACCAAACUUCUGAACCUUAGCAAAGAACUAGCACAAGAGUAUAAGCUCAGUAAGACUGAUGUAAUAGGCACAUGCCAGCACAAUAGACAAAUAGUUGAAAACCACGGCCGCACGGAUUUGGUUCCGACUUGGAAACUGGCCGAAAUGAUUGCCACCCCAAAUAUACCGAGUGAAGCGAAUUGUGAGAUGCUAUUCUUACAGGAUCCCUUCAAGAAGUUCCUGUUGGAGUCUUUGAUUACGCACUAUGCAUCGAAGGGGGAUCUUCAAACUGCAGCGAUGUUGUGUUGCGUGUUUCACAAGUGUCCUCCUGAAUCGGAGCCUCCACAUGCCGCCUCGUCCUCCUUCUCCUCUGGGUCAAAGAUGAAUCUAACCACUAACGGAUCACCAUACCAUACGGUGCUGCCAGUGGACAAGCAAUCAAAUCGAAUGUGUAUGCUGCCGAAGCAUAUGCGAAGUAAUUCGUGGUCCGAUCCGAUGGCUUGCAUAGAUUCGAAUGUCAUAAAUUCGGAUAAUUAUUCAUGUUCGUUGUUGAGGAAGUCCAAGAUGCCAAUGUUUGAUGGUUUGAAGAAAGCAUACGGAGAUAUCCUAUUCGCCUGGCAACUCCCCAACGAACGCGCUUUAAUCCUAAAAAAUACCAUGUAUCAGAAACCACCAACUCAUGAUGUGGAUUUCGUGACGGAAUGUUCCGGUUGUAAUAAGACUAAGCGAACUGCUGCAUGCGGACCAUGUCAGAAGUUGGUGUUAUAUUGUACUUUGUGUAGAUUGCCAGUUAAGGGGGCAGCAAAUGCUUGUUUGGCCUGCGGUCAUGGGGGACAUGUUGAACAUAUGCAACGUUGGUUUGAAAAACACGACAUUUGUGCCUCUGGAUGUGGAUGUUAUUGCCUUAAAGAAACAUACGUGUUAUUGGAUCAUUUAGACUAAUGUCUUAGUUUUUCUUAUAGAUUUUAUUCUGUUGAAAUUGUUUUUUAUUUUUCUAACUCUACUGUGUUAAAUUUUUUCUAUUAAAAGUUUCGUAUAAAGAAGUGUUGAGCAUAACUGAA